GAUAGGGUACGAUCGGACGUCCCCGUGUUGACAUUUUCCGCUAUCACACAUACAAUAUUCUCUGUUUCAUGACGACGAACACCGGAGGAUCAUUCGGGCCUCGGGUGGUUUUGAUUUGUGUCGUUUUUUAAGUGUCUAUUUCUUGUCUCCUUUUUUUUUUUUGGACCGCAGGCUUAUUGACAACCGGCAGGGAUUAGGCUCCGGUAUGGCCUGAGGUUUGACCUAUAGAGGGCCGAACACUGGGACAUAGACAUCCAACGACCGCUUGCCCUUAUAAGACACAGCUAAAGGUCAAGGCUGCAGCAGCCGGGCACGUCUCUCGCCCCCCCCCCUCUAGUACCAUUACCAUAAACUGCAUCCUCAACACCACCGUGUGCGUUUAUGCUAUAGACUUAAUACCGUUUAGUGGAACAACAGCGCCGCCCCGUGGCGCGUUCGAAAGACUACACGGGAGCCUGUUCAUACCGGAAGUAAACCCCACAGGUCGCAAUGGGAAGCAAAGUCAGCUCCAAAAUGGCAGCUCCAGCGGCCCGAGUUAUCCAGGCUAUACGGCCUCGUGCUCCAUUGAUCAAGUUCCCCAACAGACAAGGGACCCCAAAGCCCAAUGCCCAAGAGGCAUUAAAAAUAUUAGCAGUCAACCUUCCACAACACACCGCUGCCAGUUCAACCUCUGCACCGCCUUCGCAAUCAAGACCUCAUGUACCGUUGACCCCGGUCCCUGGCACGCCGGACACGCUGGCCUCCGUUCAGCUACUCCCCGCAAGGUACCGGAGGAGACCGCUGUCGGCGGACGAAAUGGACUACAUCCAGCGCGGUGGACCGGAGUGACACGACGCACUCACUGCAACCAAAGUCCUUAUCUGUUUGUGUCUUGAAUUCUCUUCCUCCGCACAAAAGAACCCAAUGCCACAUGAGACAUAAUGUAGAAUAAAGUAUUACAUGAAUCCUGUUAAAAUGUACAUAUGUUUAUUUUAUAGAUGCUGAAUCUUUAUCGCAUUUUUUUAGUUAGUUAAUAUUAAGGGACACCUUAGGUGUAUGUCACACCGCAAAGCCACAACAAUAGCUUCUCAGUUACUGUACCACCAUCGCACAAGAUUUCCUCUUCUUGUAGUUAAACCUCAGUUUUAACAUUAUACCAAUGCAAAUCAACAUUUUUCUGGUAUUUGAUUUUUUGUUUGAGCUUCACUUGCCCCACCACCAUACCCAAAUCUAACGACUAGAGAAAAAAAAUACUGGAACGUUUCUGGCACUGCAAUAAACAAAGUGAAUGGUGUUGAGUUCAUGUGAACUGCUGGAUUUAAAUGAUUAAACUAUUAAUGCAU